AUGUCUUCUUCACAGUACAAGUUUCUGUACAACCCAAUUUUACCCUCCGAGGAGGAGAUCGUUGCCCACUGCGUGGAGCUCAGCCUCCCCCACGGAACCCCCAUCGCCGAUCCUUCUGCUAACUUGGUCAUUGCCUGGAUCAAAUGUGGUCCCAAUGUUGCCAUCGACGAGGCAUGCAUGCAGCAUUGGACUGCCAAUGCUCUCCAUGUGGCUGGUGUCUCAGACAUACAAGCUGCUCACGUAUUCCAUGCGUUUACGGCAGACUACUACAGGUGCUCAAUUGGAUACAUUGCAAUGGAGUACAUCAGUGGUAUAGACUGUGACUCAAAUGAUGCCAACCUAGCUGCAAAAGCUGUCCAGGCAUUAAUCGGCCUCCGAGCUCCACCAACCACGACACUCAGACACAUCGGCAGCAGCACGAGGUCCAUUGUUCACUCCUUCUUUCCCAAGUGGCUUCCCAACGUCGAUUACCGAACCGACCAGGACUUCUAUGCUCAUAUUCACAAUAUCUUUGAAUUCCUGCGCAUCAAAUUCUGCGGCGAUAUAUCGAGUCACAGUGAAGGAGAGAACGAAGGAAGGUCAGUUGGGAGGUUCAAACAAGACCACCACCAAGCUGUUCCCUGGUUCUUUAGUUAG